AACCCAAAAUCAAACCAUCCAACACGAGAAAACGUACAAUCCAUUCUCUUCAAUUAAAAUAUAAAGUUGUAAAGUCGAAUCACCAUGAGCCAGGAGCAGCCGAAGAGGCCUCAAGCGGAGAAAGAUCCAAUCAAAUACGGCGACGUUUUCGACGUCUCCGGCGAUUUGGCAUCCCAAACCAUCGCGCCAAAAGACGCAGCUCUCAUGCAAGCUAAAGAGCACCAAAUAUUAGGCCAAACUCAAAAGGGAGGCCCCGCCUCCGUAAUGCAAUCCGCGGCCGCCGUUAACGUCCGCGACGGCAACGUCGGUCGUGGCGAACUCUCCGGCGUGGCAAGGGAGCAAGGCGUUAGCGUCUUGGAAGGCAAAGUGGAUGGCCAACGCGUCAUCACUGAGUCGGUGGGAGGACACGUGGUGGGGCAGUUCGUUGAGCCCGAGAUUCCGAUGGAAACCCCGAGCACCGCGCUUGAGCGAGACGCCAUAACCAUCGGAGAGGCGCUGGAAGCAGCUGCGGUGGCCGGAGCGGGGGACAAGCCAGUGGAUGAAAGCGACGCCGCCGCAAUACAAGUGGCCGAAAUGAGAGCCACCGGGAAGAACGAGACAAAGAGUGGGGGGUUGGGCGCCAGGGCCCAGUCUGCAGCCACACGUAACACACGCACUGUGCCUCAGUCCGACAAGACAACCUUGUCUGAUGUCUUAACAGAUGCGAGGGAGAAACUGCAAGGUGAUAAAGCGGUGACGCGAGAAGAUGCAGAGGGAGUGAUUGGAGCUGAGCUGAGGAACAAGUUGGACAUGAAAACUACCCCUGGUGGGGUCGCUGCGUCCAUGGCUGCAGCAGCCACCAUUAAUCAAAACAGGAAAUAAGGGAUGAUACAUGAAGAUCUUACAUAUAUGCCGGAGUUUCAAGUUACUGAGUUUGACUUUUAACACUUUUUAGUUUGAUCACUUUUUUAUGUUUCACUUUCUCUUUGGUGUACUUUUGUGUACUCGGACUCUCCUACUUUAAUGGUAGUUGUUUCUUUUUUUCUACCAAAAACAUUGCCUCAUUGUCCAUGGAGAGGGAGUGUGAUUUUGGGCUGAAUAGGCCCAUAUCUAAGUUCUAUGAUAAA